UUUGAAGCCGCUUAUAGUGCGCAAAUGCUUGAAGUUGAGUGGGAUGGUUCUUCUUUGAAUCCAUCAAAGAGCAUGGAAAUAGCCUCACGACACAAGCGCUCUAAGAGUUAUCCUGAUAAGAGGCUCAAGGAAGAACACCGUCGUCUAAAAUUGGACAUGGGACAAGGGGAGAGCCACACUGAAACCAAGGAGAACCAAUGUGUUAAAUUGGGAGUACAGAGCUCUUUGAAGCAAGAGAUUUUUCAGCUCGAGAAGCGAUUACAGGAUCAAUUUGUGGUACGGGGUGCAUUAGAAAAGGCAUUGGGCUAUAAGUCUUCCUAUCAUGAUAUUUCAAAUGAAAACUCAAUGCCAAAGCCUGCCAAGGAAUUGAUCAAGGAAAUUGCGGUGUUAGAGUUGGAAGUUGUGUAUUUAGAGCAAUACCUUCUCUCGCUGUACCGUAAAGCUUUUGACCAGAAAAAUUCUGACUUAUCUCCAUCUACCAUGGAUGAAAGGGUAAAAUCAUCUUCAUUCACACAAAAAGGUAUGAUCCUGAAAAUUUCUGGACGUGAUAUACUGUCAGAGAGAGAAAAUUUAGCUGUUCAAUCAGCUCGCCCUCCGUUACAUCAGGAUUCAAUUGCCAAGGCAUGGAAGGAUAUCAGUGAUGUGCAGGGUGCCAAAGAGCUAUUUGAUUCUGGCAUUCACCGCAGUCAUUCUUCAUUGUGUCAUCGUUCAGUUUGUUCAACUAUAACUCCUCCACCAAUGGAAACUCAGUCAUGGAAGGAUUUCAGUGAUGUACGGGGUGCCAAAAUGCUAUUAGAUUCUGGCAUUCACCGCAGCCAUUCUUCAUUGUGUCAUCGUUCAGUUUGUUCAACUAUAACUCCAAUGGAAACCCAGGCAUGGAAGGAUUUCAGUGAUGUACAGGGUGCCAAAAUGCUAUUAGAUUCUGGCAUUCACCGCAGCCAAUCUUCAUUGUGUCAUCGUUCAGUUUGUUCAACUAUAACUCCUCCACCAAUGGAAACCCAGGCAUGGAAGGAUUUCAGUGAUGUACAGGGUGCCAAAAUGCUAUUAGAUUCUGGCAUUCACCGCAGCCAUUCUUCAUUGUGUCAUCGUUCAGCUUGUUCAACUAGAACUCCACCAACGGAAACUCUAGAUAGGGCUUUACGAGCUUGCCAUUCUCAACCCUUGUCUCUGCUCAAGCAUACACAGAAUGCCACUUCAAAUGUAAACAGUUUGGCAGAACAUCUUGGUACCUGCAUAGAUGAUCAUGUUCCUGAGACACCCAAUAGGAUUUCAGAGGAUAUGAUUAAGUGCAUGUCAGCAAUAUAUUGCAAGCUUGCAGAACCCCCUCUGAUGCAUAAUGGACUUUCCUCUUCUCCUAUCUCAUCCUUGUCAUCAGGUAGUGCUUUUUCUCCACAGGAUCAGUAUGAUUUAUGGAGCCCUCGGUGCAGGAAAGAUUCUUCUUUUGAUACAUGGCUAGAUAAUCCUUUCUAUGUGGAAGGGUUGAAAGAUUUUAGCGGACCUUACAGCACAAUGAUAGAGGUACCAAGGAUUUGUAGGGAUAAUCAGAAACUAAGUGAGAGUAAAGACAUGCUACAAAAUUUUCGGUCACUUGUUUGUCGAUUGGAAGAAGUUGAUCCUAGAAAGAUGAGGCAUGAAGAGAGGCUUGCAUUCUGGGUCAAUGUACAUAAUGCAUUGGUGAUGCAUGCAUUUUUGACUUACGGAAUUCCUCAAAAUAAUAUGAAAAGAGUUGCUUUACUCCUUAAGGCUGCAUACAAGGUGGGAGGUCACACCAUUAGUGCAGACACAAUACAGAGUUCUAUUCUGGGAUGCCGUGUGCCUCGUCCUGGGCAGUGGUAUCGUUUGUUUUUUCCUACAAAGACAAAAUUCAAGGCUGCAGAUGAUCGGCAAGCAUAUGCAAUUGAACGACCGGAACCACUUUUACAUUUUGGUCUUUGUUCAGGAAGCCAUUCUGAUCCUGCGGUACGUGUAUACACACCCAAGAGAGUGAUGCAGGAGCUUGAAGCUGCAAAAGAGGAGUACAUUCGGGCUACCUAUGGGGUACGCAAGGAACAAAAGAUCAUUUUACCGAAAAUUGUAGAAUCUUAUGCAAAAGAUACAGGAUUGAGUCCUGCUGGUGUAGUGGAAAUGAUCCAACAGUGUAUGCCCGAGAGUCUGAGGAAGACCAACAUGCACAAGAGUCGGAAUGGGAAAACCAGCAAGAGCAUUGAAUGGGUACCUCACAACUUUGCGUUCCGGUACCUGAUAUCCAAAGAACUUGUGAAAUGACUGAGUUCAUAAAAACUGUCCCAACAAUCCCCAUAUCAAGGAAAGCAUAAUUAUCAUAGAACCCAAAGAGGGUUGGUUUUCUGGAAAGUCAAGUUUUGGUUUUCCCCUUUUUGUACAAAUGAAAGAGAAGAUGAAGCAAGAUAUUGUAGGAUAGAUUGGUUGCCUUCAUUUUGUAUAUUGUAAUCUAUGUCAUUCUGUAUUGUGUAAUGAGAAGCAUUGCUUACACUUUAAAUUUGAUCAA